AUGAAUCCUACUAGAAGUUCUCUUGACUAUAGCAAAUUCAAGACAUUACCAUGUUAUUUCAGCAUCAAUGCAUAUGGCACUUCCAGAACGACUGUGGAUGGUGUACAGUUUGACGACUUUUUUCAGGCUAUCGAGGUUGCUGUUGCUGAAAAUGUGGACGUUGACAUUGGCCCUAACCUGCAGUAUGAGAACUUGAACAUUGGCUGUAACCUGCAAGAUGAGAACUAG